GAAAUUAGGGUUUCUCGUGCUCUCAAAGAGGUGGGCUGGGAUCUCCUCCCCCUCUCUCUUCUCUCCGAUCUCUCUAGGGUUCCUCUGGUUCCUCUCCUCUCCGAUGGCAUCCAUGGACAACGCGUUCCGCUGUUUCGUUGGCGGUCUUGCCUGGGCGACGGAUGAACGCUCCCUCGAGGAAGCCUUCAAGGUUUUCGGCGAAAUCAUCGAGUCUAAGGUGAUAAAUGAUCGGGAAACGGGGAGAUCGAGAGGGUUUGGUUUCGUUACCUUCAAGGAAGAGCACUCGAUGCGUGAUGCCAUCGAUAGGAUGAACGGCCAGGAUCUCGACGGCCGGAGCAUCACCGUCAACGAAGCUCAGUCCCGUGGCAGCGGUGGCGGUGGCGGUGGAGGUGGGUUCCGCCGGGACGGCGGUGCUGGCGGUGGCUACGGUGGUAACCGUCGUGAUGGCGGUGGCUACGGUGGUGGAAACCGUGGCUACGGCGGCGGCGGCGGCGGCGGUGGCGGUGGCUCUCGGUUCCCAAGAGGCAAUGGAGCAUCGGAUGGAAACUGGAGGAACUGAAGAAGAGAGAGCUUUGAGUGCUAUCUAUGUUAUCUGCUUUGAAUCUCGUGUUAUCUUAUCUGAUGUGUGGUUUAGGAUUAGUUUUGAUCAAGUAGUAGAUCUCUAAUGGCUUUCUAUGGUCAAUGGAUUUCUUAUCUUUUUUUUUUUUUA